AAUUCCGUCGUUCCUUGCCUCCCGCUUGCUUGUCUACCGUCGUCUCGUCUAGCCACGUCGACGGUAUCCGCGCCAAGGCAUGGACGUCUCCACGGUUGACGAGCGACAGCUCGUUCCGGUUUGGUCGUACAGACUGGUCGCCCUUUCUUACUGUAUCUCUUGGUUGGGGGCCUAUACAAGCACCCAGAUCGUCAUCCAUGCCAAGUACUCGAGAGGGAGGCUCGCUCGGUGGAUAUGGAUACUCAUGGCUAGCGUCGCUUUUGGAUUUACGGCGAUUUGGUCGAUGCACUUUGUGGGAAUGCUCGCUUGUGGUCUAGACGUCAAGAUCACUUUCGACAGAGGCCUCACCUUUUUCUCUGCUUUUGUCGCCAUCCUCUUCACCUGCGCUGCGUUUUCCAGCGGCUACGCUACCGAAACCAUCGAGAAUUCUGCCCCAGCCGUCACUUUGUCGAAGUGGUUCAAGUCGUUCCGUACAUCAUUACGGUCGUUUGUCUUUGACUCCACACCAGCAGACCCCGAGACUGGAUAUGUUCCAGUCGCUACAUCCGACCAUGGUGAUGAAGACCGUCGAUCCGUUUUUGCUAGCACGUCGGACCGCGGAGACGACGAUGGCGAGGAGAACGAAGACCGCCACUCCGCAGAGAGGUUCGAACAAGUGCCUACUCGGCCUACUUUAUUCCGCAAUAACUCUCUAUUUACCGGAGAGCUCCCACAUCCUGCAGAAGGCUCGCAUGAAGGAGGGCUCUCGCACGUGCCAGAGGCAACGCCUCAAACGACACCAGCGCCGCCCACUGUUCCCGCUAGCGAACCUUUGAAUCCACUUCGUCGGCUUUUCGCGAGCUGGUCUUUCGCAGCUAGGCCUUCGCCUCCCGAAGAAAUACCGUCUUCGACAAGAACGUCAGAAGAUAGCACUCCCCUUACUACCAGCAGUAGUGACGAGUCUACAGGGACGCGCCGCCCCUCUGGUUCGGCUUCUUCGGGCACCCACACAUACUCGCACACGAGCACAACAUUAUCUUCGCUCUCCUGGACCGAACCUCUGCACGCUGGUCUUAGCCGUGAAGCACGCCUCAGGAUCAAGGCCCAGGCUCGUGACAAGCCCGUCCCGAAGUUUGGCUGGAAGUACUGGCUCAAGGCCUACUACCGGUCGAUCACGCUUAUGGCGUGCAUGCGGGCCACCAUCUGGGGACUGGCUAUCGUUUUCAUGCACUACUGUGGCAUGUGGGCUAUGGAGAUCCCGGAGGGGCAUAUCGAAUGGAAUUGGACAAUAGUUAUCCUGUCCUACGUUGUCGCCUUCUCGGUUUGCUUUGUCGCAUGCAUCUCAAUGGUUCACAUGGAGGUCCACUUCGGGCGACAGGUGGCUUUCAGUACCAUUGCAUCCGUGGGAACGUCAUCGAUGCACUACACUGGUAUGGCUGCGGCAACGUUCUACACCAGAGCACCGCCUUCCCCAGAUGCAGGGUACCCUGAGUACCUUCCCUUCGCGAUUCUCGUCAUCGCCGUCUUUGUUUGUGUCGUCUCGAACGCCGUCUUAGCCCAUAGCGCCAUAAUCUCAAGAAACCGCAUGGCAGAGGUAAUCCUCACCAAACGACGGUUUUGGCGUAUCAUGGCUGAGAAAGAAGCAGCGGAGCAGGCGAACGAACUCAAGCAACAGUUCAUCUCCGUCGCAAGCCACGAAAUUCGGACGCCAUUGCAUGCUGUCAACGGGUAUUGCGAGCUGCUGGCAAUGACCAAUCUUACAGAAGAGCAGGCGGUCUACGUCAAUAGCAUCCAGCAGGCGUGCCAUGCGAUCAAUGUCAUUGCCGGAAAUGUGCUGGACUUCAGCAAGCUGGAUCGCAACAAUGUGGAAUUGUCGGCGCGGCCCGUGCUGAUUGACCUGAGGAAGAUGGUCGAGGAUCAGGCUCGCAUUAUCGAAACGCGUGAUGCUUCAAAUCGUGACCACAAUGUCGAGGUUGUGGUCUUCGUCGAUAACGACGUUCCACGUACCAUGUAUCUUGAUGAGACAUACACCUAUCGGAUUCUGAUGAAUUUGCUAUCGAAUGCCCAGAAAUUUUGCGAAGAGGGCUAUGUCUGCGUGCAUGUGGCCAUGGAGUCCGAUACACAGGUCGCCAUCAAAAUCAUGGAUACCGGCUGCGGCAUCCCCAAAUCGUUCCGUAGCGCUCUCUUUCAGCCCUUUCGACAAGCCGACAGCUCUCUUACGCGACCAAAGCAAGGCACGGGGCUUGGGCUGAGCAUCGUGAAGCACCUUGUCCAGCGGAUGUCUGGCGAAGUUGACGUCGAGUCGGCCGAAGGCGAAGGGAGCACUUUCACGGUCAAACUCCCUGUCACACCGCCUUCAAACUCACCCAUGAGGCCGACCUUGCCACUCGAGGUGAAGAAGCGAGUAAAGAUUAUUCAUCGUCAUGAGCGGACCACAAAACUUUUUGUCGAUUUGUGGUCGCGACAUGGAUUCAGCGCGAGUCGGUUAUCGUCGGACCUCUCAUUACAGCAGUUGGCUCAGGAGACUGAUGUUGUCUGGACCGAUGUCAAGUCCGUGCAACAACAUCGGGUUCUGUGCGAGCUAAUGAACGGCAGCGAAGUGCUCAAGCUUCCGGCAAUGUUCAUCGUCUACUCCGACUUGCAAGAGCUCUCGGUUCUUGAGCCCGCACUGUCCCAUGCGCGAAACGUCGUGCUCACCAAGCGACCAGUUGUCACACAUAAUCUGCUCGAAAUGCUGCAGAACCCAGAGCCGCAUAUGGGCUCUCACGUCAGCUCGACGCAGUCCCGCGUGCGCUUCGCCCUGCCUGAAGGCAAGUACCCCAUAACACCUACGGAGGAACGGAAGGAAGAGUCGCUUGUACCCACGCCGUCAUCGCCGUUGUCCCCUCCAUUGUCCCAGCCUCCGUCGUCACCUCUGGGAGCGGAACGUUCGGUCGCUCCUGUAGUAGAGCCAUCAUCGGCGGCCCUUGCGCUGGAGGAGACGCAGCGAAUUCUGCUGGUGGAGGAUAAUAUGGUCAAUCAACACCUUGGCAAGCGUCUACUAGAAAAGUUGGGGUACGCUGUAGAGACUGCAAGCAACGGUCAGGAGGCCGUGGAAAAGGCGAGCCAGUCGAGAUACUUCUGCUGCUUCAUGGAUUGUCAAAUGCCAGUUUUAGAUGGCUUCAUGGCAACCCAGAAGAUCCGAGAACUAGAGAACAACGGCACUAUUCACGGACGGCUACCUAUCAUCGCUCUCACUGCAAAUGUCAGUACCGAGAGUGAAGAAAAGUGCCGUGCCGCUGGAAUGGACCACUUUUUACCGAAACCCUUCAGGAUGCACGACCUACAAUCUGCACUUGCUCACGCACAAAAUGCUUCGUCCCCAGGCUAGCUUUGACUCCUUUCCUAACUUAUCUCCUACCUCGUGUCUGUUUUCGCAAUGGACCUCUCGCAUGACUAUCGCAUCCGCAUUUGCUCGUCAUUUAACUCUCAUCUCACACGCAUGCUUCUAUAUAUUCUUUCCCCCGUCUACUCCGUCUCUCUGUUUGUCGGCACUACCUUCCCGUAUACAAGGCAUGCCUUUACUAGCC